GCUCCUCCUCUGGUCACUUUCUGCUGCUAAAGACGCUGCUGACAUCUAGUGGACACUGAGUUCACAAACGCUAAGUCAUUUACAGUAGGAAGCAGUUCAACCCAUGGGCCCAUCACUUUCUUGUCUUUAAGGUUCACCUGUCCUUGCUGAAGGUGUCAGUGACUUUAUAAUCUGCUAGCUACCUGCUAACAGCUGUUGCUCAGAUUAGCCGUGAGCAUCAUGCAGCUCAGCGUGGCGCUACUGACCUAAAUAGAGGCAGCGUGUGGCCUGAGGGCAGAUGUCAGGUGCCACUAACACUUCCAGUAAACAGGACUGAACCCAGCAUCUGCUGACCAACUUCCCCCAGAACCUGCACGAUCCAGAUUAGCUGCACUGAGCCCCACCGGAUGAACCAAUCAGCAUAAAGCAGGACUUAAGAGGCGGCUCUGAUUGGACGAUGCUCCAGUCAGUCACUGUGGGCGGACAGGCUGAUCUGGACCAGUCUGUGCAAGUGGUCCGAGCAGUUUCCUGCUGCUGAAGGAGGAGAGGAAGGAUUUUUCUACCUGUCAGGAUUCUCAAGUAUCACUUCACCACUUUACUUUGCAUGUUCAUCAGCGAGAGGAGCGGCCUCGCCCCCAUCACAGCCUCUCUCUGCUUCCACCACACACCAGCCCCCCAGUGGGAGGACCCAAUGGAGCUUCAAGCCCGCAGGCUGGUCCUCACAGGCCUGAAGGAGACGCUCAAAGCUGCGGGAGGCUCCUCCGAGGUCCGCUGGCUGCUGCCCCGGGCGAGCAUGGGCAACCAGCAGGGCGUCAAACCCGAGACCCCCUGCUACGGGCGCACGAGGAGCAGGGACGCGUCGCCCAAAUCCCCCCGGAGCCGGAACCCUCCAAAGAGGAGGAGAACCGCCCAGGGGAUACGCAGCCUCAAGGUCCGGAUGACAGCCCGGACCCGGAGGAGUCGGACCCAGCUUCAGGCGAAGCCCUCUCCUGCUGCUUCACCCAUGGAGGAGAACAGUAGGCGUUUGCAGGAGGCGGCAAAGGGUCAACAUAGUCUGGACUCAGACUCAGACUCCUCAGAGUACGACAACGACGCGUACUCAGGGUGCGUCUCAGCACACGGAGCGGCGCAGGAUGCCUGGGGGAGGCUGGGGGAGACGGGGGUGAGGGUGGAUCAGCGGGUCGUGGGGCAGGACGCCUCCUGGGGGAGGCUGGGGGAGACGGGGGUGAGGGCCUCUCAGCGGGUCGUGGGGCAGGACGCCUCCUGGGGGAGGCUGGGGGAGACGGGGGUGAGGGUGGCGGCCCAGCGGGUCGUGGGGAAGAUCGAGGAGGUGGAGGAGAUCAUCCGCCGGGUGAGUGUGACCAGUUCAGCGUGGAUGAGAGGAUGCGGUCCACAGAGAAGCAGGGCUGGACAGAACCGGGACCGGCUGUCCAGCGACGACCAGGUGGUCCAGGAGCUUCAGGCUCUGGUUGAAGCCAUGAACCACAGUCUGCACCAGAUGCUGAGGAUGGAGGACAGCAACUGUCUGUCUGCUGGUCCGGUCGCCAUCGCCUCCUCUCUGCCUCCGUCUCCUCCUGGAGACCUGGAUGUUUCCCCCUUUGAAAGCACGACCUCCACCCUUCCAGCGCCACUCCUGCCCCGUAUGUGCAGCCCUGAGACGAGCCCGCCUCAGAACCCCAGUGACCCGAGUGAAGCAGGGAGCUGUGGAUGUGCAGCACCAGAACCUCUGCUGCUGUCAGAUGGAGCUCUGCAGAGGCAGGAGGAGACCUGGCAGCGGGAGGUGGAGGAGUCCUUCUGCAGAGCGCCUCAUCCGUCCACACAGAAGCAGGAGGAUGACGUCACCGAGUUCAGGUCGCCCACCCCUGGAGACGGAGAGGAGCGAACCCCUGGACGGCUCCACACCGUCUGGCCUCCGCCCAAGGACGAGAAGGUUGGACUCAAGUACACAGAAGCAGAGCACCAGGCUGCUCUCCUGCAGCUGAAGAGAGAAUGCAACGAGGAGCUGGACAAGUUAAAGGACGACCACGUCCAUCAGCUCUCCAGACUGAGGCUGGAGAACGAGGACCACGUGGCCCGGCUGGAGAUCAGGCUGGCAGAGCUGCAGGUCCGACUGUCCCAGGCUGGAGCCCAGCGACGCCGGGACCACAGAGACGCCUCCGUGUCCACCGGCGACGACGUUCCACACAAGUCCCUCCGCUCCGUCUGCAUCCAGACGGACAGGGAGACCUCCGUCAGGGGCUCCGGGGACGAGGAGGCGCCUCAGCAGCAGAAGCCCAUCCCUAAGAAGCUGGACCUGGCUUCUGUCAGCCUUGGCCUGGCUGCUCAGAGGGAGGACAGCGAGUCCUCGCCUCCUCCUCCGUCCUUGUCUCCUCCUCCGUCCUCGUCUCCUCUUCCGUCCUCGUUCCCUCCCCCGUCCUCGUCUCCUCCUCCGUCCUCGUCUCCUCCCCCGUCCUCACCUCCUCCUCCAUCCUCGUCUCCUCCUGAAGCCUCGCUGCCCCCGUCCACACCUCCUCCACCUCCUCCUCAGACUCUACCACCCAGCCCCCCUCCUCCCCCACCACCACCUCCUCCUCCAUCCACGCCGGGCCUGGGCCCCCCACCUCCCCCUCCUCCAAAUGGGUGGUUCAUGGGGGAUAAAGCCCCCAGAAAGGCGGCAGUGGAGCCGUCCCGACCCAUGAAGCCUCUUUACUGGACCAGGAUCCAGAUCCAGGACAACACCAACACCGUGUGGAACGAUCUAGAGGAACCAGACAUAGUGAACACCGGUGAGUUCGAGGACCUGUUCGCCAAAGCCGGCGCACAGACCAAGAGGAAGCCGCUGUCACAGGCCUACGAGAAGAAAACCAAAGCCAGGAAGAUCGUGAAGCUGCUGGAUGGGAGGCGCUCUCAGGCCGUGGGCAUCCUCAUAUCGAGCCUCCACCUGGAGAUGAAGGACAUCCAGCAGGCCGUCCUGACAGUGGACCACUCCUCCGUGGACCUGGAGACCAUUGAAGCGCUUUAUGAAAACCGAGCGCAGCCGGAGGAGCUGGAGAGGAUCCGGAAGCACUACGAGACGGCGGGGGCGCGGGAGGUCGAGCUGCUGGACAAGCCGGAGCAGUUCCUCUACGAGCUGGCUCGGAUCCCGGACUUCGCCGGCAGAGCUCGCUGCCUCAUCUUCCAGGCGGCCUUCGAGGACGGACUCGCCUCCAUCCGGCGCAAGCUCAGCACCAUCUCCGCUGUUUGCCAGGUUCUGCUGCGGGGGGACGGCGUCAGGGACGUGAUGGCGCUGGUUCUGGCUCUGGGGAACUACAUGAACGGCGGCAGCAGGACCAGAGGACAGGCGGACGGCUUCGGCCUGGACAUCCUGCCCAAACUCAAAGACGUGAAGAGCAGGGACAACCGCAUCAGCCUGGUGGACUACGUGGCGUCGUACUACCUGCACCACGUGGACCAGCCCGCUGAUGCUGUGAUUGGAUCCCACCAGAACGCCGGCACGGACCAGAGCACAUUCCCGCUGCCUGAGCCGCAGGACGUCUUCCUGGCGGCGCAGGUCAAGUUCGAGGACCUGAGCAGAGACCUGAGGGAACUGGGCCGGGACCUGACACGAUGUGAGCGAGACGUUCAGAAGGUUUGCUGCGACGCGCCGGAGGAACACCUGCAGCCGUUUAAGGACAAGAUGGAGGCGUUCGUGCUGUGUGCGCGAAGGGACCACGCCGACACGUCCUGUCGCCUAGCAACGGCACAGCAGAGCUUUCAGGACCUGGUUCUGUACUUUGGACUGAAGCCUAAAGCCGGAGAGAAGGAGGUGACGCCUGCUCACGUCUUUGUGCUCUGGUUUGAGUUCUGCGUCGACUUCAAGGCCCAGUGGAAGAGGGAGAGCAAGAACAUCUCCAAAGCGAGGCUGAAGGAGGCCCAGCUCUUAGUGAAUCGACUCACGGCCGAGAAGAAGGUGGAAACCAGGAAAAUCAACCCAAACAGUCUGAAAGAGCGGCUGCGACAGAAAGAACGUGAGGAGCGCGACUCGCUGCACGGUCGUUUCAGCCGCAGUCAACUUUUCCUGGCUCCCAGUUUGGAUCAGACUUGAUGUCGGCGCCGAUGCCAAACCAGCGUUUCUGAGCUCAACACACAGCGUUUAGUCACUUUACAGCUUCAUGUGAAACCUACAGUAAGAAAAAGUAAUCAGGUUAAAAGAGAUCGGAUUAAGAGGCAAGAAUAGAAUAGACUGAUGCUUUCUGUAUUAAGACUCAUUUUACAUUCAUGUGUAUAUUUUACCUUUUACAAU